GGCUGAUCUGGCUACAAUAAUAGCUCAAAAAAAAAAUCUCUGAAAUGCUGAAUUUCAGAUUUAGAUUGCCACUUUCAGUCAAAAUUUCCAUUGAUAAAAUACUAAUAUUUUAAUAUCGUUUACUUGAAAACUUUUGUACUUAACAACAACAAAUGAAAUAUUUCUAUUCUAAUACGUGCGAUGAGACUGAAUUCAAGAUCACACUAAUGUUAAAUGCUCAGAAAACAUGAUCAUUAUUAGCAUCUUCAGUUUUUCUUUGACUUGUGCCCAAUGCACAAGACUUUAGUGAAUUUGAAUUAAUUUCUUGCAGUUACUGAAGAGCGAUGCAAUGAAGUUGGGAUUCUUGUCUUUGACCUUUUUGCGAACCUGGGAGCUUCAGAGGAACAAUUAGAUUUUCCUGUUCUUUAUGCCUCUGCUAAAGAAGGAUGGGCUUCAUCGGCUUAUACAAAGAGUCCACCAAACAAUGCCAAAGACAUGUCUGAAUUGUUCGAUACAAUUGUACGCCAUGUUCCUCCACCAACUGCCAAUCUGGAUGCACCUUUUCAUAUGUUGAGAGGUGUAAACAAAAGAUUCCGGUUUAGAAGACAUUCGUGUCAAGGCUUUCAAAAAUCAUUUCGAAGACCGUAUUCUACCUCUUCCACCCUUCAAGUUGGUUCUAAUAUCAUAAUUUUCAACUAUAGUAGUGGGCACGUAGGGCCAUACACCGGAACCUUUAAUAGGUUCCGCCCUGCACGUAUCAUUCUCUUUGCAAAGGACUGUAUUGAUGAAGAUGUGCUGAUUAGAAUAUGUAGAAGUGACGAUAAUGACAAUGUCAUUAGGGUUUUGUGCAUCGAGUUUGUGUUGAAAAGCAUAUUAUGUGCAUUGGCUCAACCAAACAUGACAUUAAAAGAAUUUUUUGCGCUACCGUAUAUUCACACGAACAACGUUGAUAUUAUGAGGUUUGUGUUUCAUUAAUAAUUUGAUUGUGUUUGUAAUUUUUUAAAUAUAGAGUUGUUUAACCUUUAAUCUUUUCCAUAAAUAAUAGGGGUAUUCUUCUAGGCUUGAUGUAUUUGCACCAGAGAGGCAUCACAUUGCCAAACUUGAAUUACGACAACAUUCUAGUUGUGAAAGAAAAGUCAAUGUUUAAAGCUAAGAUAUCUAGCAUAGAGGCUGCUAUACAUGGGAGUCACCGAAGAAAGGAAAUAGAUAUGCAUAAAGUUGGUUUGAUCUUUUAUCACAUACUGGCCGGAGAGUUGCCUAAAGAUCAGAUCCAUUUUAACAUUUAUAUACUGAAUGAAAAUUGUCUAAAUGUUGAAGAGGCUAGACACCUUUUAACUUUGCUUGUUCACCCGAGUCCAUCACGUAGGUAAUGCAC